AUGAAAAACAAAAUGAAAACGACUCAACACACUGUCAACAACAAUAAUGAUUCUAUUCCUAUCUUUACAUACUACUAAUCUGAAUGGAUUUGAAGUUUUCGCUUGAACAUGUUACUUAGUUGCAUUUAAAGAUGCAUAGACAUGACGAUGUGACCAGCUUUUUGCAGCAGUCAGUGUCACCUUUUGACCAGCGUGUGGUGUCUAAAUUCCUGAAGAUCAGACCGAAGAUUUUGGGGGUUUUGGAAAUAUCAAUAGGAAUAACGAUGUUAGUCUUAACAAUCUGGACGGGAUUUUUAUAUCUCCUCUGGUCAUGUUUAAUUUCGAUUUUAACAGGAACAGUGACAGUGGCUGUUGCAUGUACAUAUAACACAUGUCGGGUCAGAAUCUCACAAUUUCUUAACUGUUUCAAUGCCAUAGCAGCUGCUAUCUCCAUCCCAUUUCACUGUCUUGACAGUGAAGGUGUGGCUCUAAUUCUCUUGGUUUUCUGUGAUGCUCUGGUCUUCAUCAUCUCUGUUAUAGUUGCUUCAUCUUCCUGUGACUGCUGCAGGAUGAAGUCAAGACAUGUAGCAGUCAGUUGCAUAAACAGAGAUGUGCCUUAUAUGACUGAUAACAAUAUUGUUCUUCACGGCCAACAAGGCCCUUUUGCACCUCCACCAAACUAUGAUCCAAGUCCUUCAGAGCCUCCACCAAAAUACCAUCCAAGUGCUUUUGCACCUCCACUAAAACAUGAUCCAUAUUCUUAUACACCUCCAGCAAACUACAACCCAAGUCCUUCAGUAUCAUCACCAAACGACAAUCCAAGUCCUUCUGCACCUCCACCAAACUAUGAUCAAAGUCCUUCAGCACUUUCACCAUGAUCCAAGUUCUUCUGCACCUCCACCAAGUUACGAACCAGGUCUUUCUGAACCUCCACCAAGCUACAAUCCAUGUUCUUCUGCACCUUCCGUGAACUAUUAGGUGUUAAAGGGGCAAUUUCUGGUCUGUUGAAGAAAUCAGUUGCAUUUUUGCAACAGAGCAUUUUAUAGUUUUAUAUUUUCAGCAUUUAUUUGUGACACCUUAUAAGCUUCCUUUAUAAGUGCACAACUGUAAACAUGUUUUUUUUUCCGUUGUUUUUACAACCUUGGAAUCAAAACAUCACAGAUACUAACAUUGGAGAUUAGAUUAUAUUCAGUACUGUAAUGUUAAACAUGUUUUUACUGUCUUAGGUGCAUGUAUGUAAAUACAAGAUAAGAUAUUAGUCAUCAUAAAACAUUUAAAAAUAGCCUCUGCCAGCUCAUUCAAGUGUUUUAAGACAUUUAAUCAGAUUAAUAGCAGAUGUGACCAGUGUUAUAUACAAAAAAAGAGACAUUGCUGCGUACAGUAGCUGUAGAAGCCAGGAUAGUGUUAAGUUUCAGAAAUAUCCAUCCUUUCCCAAAACUCUUGUAGGGAUAAGGUUUAGGUGACACUGUCUAAAACAUCUAAUAUAUACUGAUUGUUUUGGAGUCUCCCUUCAUUUAGUAGCCUACAUAAUUCAUAUUGUUUACACAUUGGACGCAUUGCAAUUGUUUUAUACUGAUACGUUAGUUGCAUUUUGGACACUGUGAAUGUGAAUAGACUGGCUGUGUUUUACAAAAAACUA